AUGGAAUCAUCCGCGUCCGGUUCAGGAGAAUCGCAAACUCAAAAAAGAAGUGUUAUUUGGAUGCAUUUCACCAAUAUAUCGGAAGCUAAUGCAAAGUCUAAUCUUUGUAAAAAUAUUUAUUCGCAUAAAAGUGGAAACAUUAGCAAUUUAAGGAAGCAUUUGAAAACUAAACAUCCGACUCUUUCAUUGGAAGGAGAAAGGGCAAAACGGCGGGUGGAAGACGAAAAUUUGCCUAGGUGCAAAAGGAACUUAGUUUCAGGUAUGUUUUAUUAUUAUAAGUAUUUUGUUGAACACCAUUUACAGUGGAGUAACCAGACUGUUAAGUAG